AUGACGUUGGAACGUCCACACGUUGCAACCGAAGUUGAACCUUUUGGCGACUGUACCACACUUCCCCCGAAUACAGCCGAUACAAUCUUAAAAUCUUUAUUAUUAUUAUUAUUAUUAUUAUUAUUAUUAUUAUUAUUAUUGAUGACUAGUGUUAUUGUUUAUUUUAAAACACUUUUUAUUGUAUUAUUAUUAUUAUUAUUAUUAUUAUUAUUAUUAUUAUUAUUAUUAUUAUUAUUAUUAUUAUUAUUAUUAUUAUCAUUAAAAUACGAUUGA